AUGGGCCUGCUAGCGCUUGGUACCCCAUUGGCCUGGCCGGGGGCGAAGCAGAAUGCACAACAGGUCAGGGAAUGGGGAAUUGAGCAACUGCUGGCUAUCUGGGGCAAGGCAAAGGGAAAGGAACGAGAUGCGCUGCUCUGGGGUGACGAGAUUGAAUACCUGGUCGUGGCUGUGGAUGAGAAGGCGCAGAAAGUGCGCUUGUCGCUGCGACAGGCGGAUAUCUUAAAUUCGCUCGCGCAGGAAGAAGAGCAGUCGAAUGGGCAAUUGGUGGAAGGGUUGCAGGUUGGAAUAAAGGAACCACUUCCCAAGUUCCACCCGGAGUUUGGACGGUUUAUGUUAGAGGCUACACCGGGACAGCCAUGGGGGAUUGGAUUCAAGGACCUCUUGAGAGUGAAGUCGAAUAUGAAAUGGAGGCGGGUUAUUGCGAAGAAGCAUAUGGCACCGAAUGAAUAUCCCCUUACCAUAACCACAUUCCCAAGACUAGGUACGAAGGAUGACUUCACCCAGCCAUUCUACCCAGUCUCUGGCCCGACUCUCCGUUCUCAAUUCGUUCCCGAUGAAAUAGCAAACCCGCAUAUCCGUUUCCCCACACUAGCUGCAAAUAUCCGAUCUCGAAGAGGGCGGAAAGUAAAGAUCAAUGUACCUGUGUUUCGAGACAAGAAUACCCCGUGGCCCUUCAACGAUCCUACCGUCAACUACGAUUUACGCAACUGGCCCGAAGACGACGACGUGCGCAAUGGUGCAGUGAAACAAAAUCAUGUUUAUAUGGAUGCCAUGGCGUUUGGCAUGGGGAGUUGCUGCUUGCAAAUCACUUUUCAGUGUAAAAACAUUACGGAGGGAAGAAAGCUCUACGACCAAUUGAGUCCCCUGGGGCCGAUAAUGCUAGCGUUGACUGCUGCUACGCCAAUUUACAAGGGUUUUUUGGUUGACACUGACGUUCGGUGGAACCAAAUAAGUAAUGCUGUGGAUUGCCGGACUGCUGAAGAACUGGGAGAAAAGCCGCUGAAAAAUGACCGUUGGCGCAUCCCAAAGUCAAGAUAUGCCUCAAAUUCCACAUACAUUUCCCAAGAUCCCCGAUUACGACCCGAAUACAUGGAUCCAGACCUCGUCAUAGACGAAGAUAUUAAAAAGCGACUCCUGGACGGUGGUAUGGAUGAUCUUCUGGCUACACACUUUGCGCACCUCUUUAUCCGCGACCCAAUCGUAGUCUUUGCCGAAGAUCUCAAAAAACUCGACCUCAACAAAACCGACCACUUCGAGAACCUUCAGUCGACAAACUGGCAGCACAUCCGCUUCAAGCCUCCGCCAGCUGACAACGACAUUGGCUGGCGCGUCGAAUUCCGCCCCAUGGAGAUUCAAAUUACUGACUUUGAAAACGCAGCCUUCAGCGUCUUCAUGGUGCUGAUUACUCGAGCCAUUCUCAGCUUCGAUCUGAACCUGUACAUACCCAUCCCGCGCACUACGGAGAAUAUGGAAACUGCCCAUGCGCGCAACGCUCUCCUUGAGCAGAAAUUCUACUUCAGAAAGGAUCCCUUCCCACACCGCAUCCCGCGAAAUCAAUACCAGCAUCAGCAUCAGCAGCAACAGCACAUCAACCCCAAUGCCAAUACCAACGGCACAAGCAGCAACGCAUCAGAAUCUAGCUCCCGCGCCUCUUCGUCCCCUUCAACCCCGCACCUCCGCCCCAUAGAAUCCGAAUACGAACUCAUGACUGUCGCAGAUAUCAUCAACGGCACCCAGGACGGGUUUCCCGGGCUAAUCCCGCUCGUCGAAUCGUAUCUCAACAGCGUCAAUGUCGAUGUAGAAACCCGGUGUCAGCUGGCUACGUAUCUGGAGUUCAUAAGACGACGCGCAGAUGGCAGCCUGUGGACGAAUGCGAAGUGGAUUCGCGAGUUCGUCGCUAGGCAUCCGGAUUAUAAGCAGGAUAGCGUGGUCUCUGAGAAGAUCUGCUAUGAUCUUGUGAAGGCUGUUGAGGAGGUGACGGAGAAGGAGGGGCGGGGCGGGGCUGUUGGAUGGGAGAUGUUGAAGGGGCGGAAGGGGUGA